AUGGAAGAUCCUCCACUAUGUGUUGAUGGUUGUGGCUUCUUUGGGACACCUGCUACUCGAAAUCUAUGUCCCAAGUGUUAUAGAGAUUUUCUUAAGGAAGAAGGAGAGUCCGCGAAAGCAAAAGUCAUGUCCAUGGAGAAAGCUAUGGGGUCAAGGGUAGAGUCAACCUCAUCCUUAGAUGAUGUUGCCACCUCCAUGGCUCAACUAUCUUUAUCUUCUGAGAAUACUAACAAGGUGGGAAUAAUAGGAUUCGAGUGCCGAUAUAGGAGUAUGUUUUGUGGGAAGCAUCGUUUGCCUGAAAAACACAAAUGCAACUUCGACUACAAAGCCAUGGGACGUGAGAUUUUGAUGAAACAAAACCAACCAUUGAAGCCUGAUAAGUUAGCCUGA